AUGCUACCAAAGAACUACCAGCAUAUCUUGGCCUUUGUGUUUGCUGUUCAUGAGAUCAACGAGGAUCCAAAGCUUUUACCCAAUAUGACUUUGGGUUUUCGCAUAAGUGACAACUAUUACUUUGGAAGAAUGACCUAUGCAACCACACUGCAGUUGCUGAGUGAACGAGGGAGAUGGGCUCCUAAUUACAAGUGUGACACUCAAGAAAAACUGUGGGCCAUCAUUGGGGGACUCAGCUCUGAAACCUCCAUUCAGAUGUCAAAUGUCUUAGGUAUCUACAAGAUACCACAGCUCAGUUAUGGUUCAUUUGAUCCGGCUCUGAGCGAUAAAACCCACUUCCCUUUCUUUUAUCGGAUGGUCCCAAAUGAAGAACCACAAUAUAAAGGUAUAAUCCAACUCCUCCUGCAUUUCAAAUGGAUAUGGAUUGGCCUAGUUGCUCCAAACAAUGACGGAGGAGAAACAUUUGUGCGUACUUUGAUGGUUCUGCUUACUGAGCAUGGCAUUUGUGCCGCUUUCACUCAGUGGCUCCCAGUAACAUUUACAAGCACUGAAAAAAGUAUAUUAAUGGGGAUGGAAAAAAUAAAUAGUUCUUUCUCAGAAAGCAAAGUCAACGUGAUUAUUGUAAUUGGGGACUUACAAACCCUAUUUAUGUUGUCAAUAUGGCUAGAUGAGCAAGGUAGAAAUAGGAGUCUUAUUGGGAAAGUUUGGGUCAUGACUGCCCAGUGGGAUUUUACAGCUGUGAAUUCUCAAGGUCUCUUGUCUCUUAGACCUUUUCAUGGUGCUUUGUCUUUCACAAUUCACACAAAUGAAGUGCCCAGAUUCUGGGAUUUUCUACAGUCUCUGGAUCCCCAGCAACCCAACGGAGAUAUCUUCCUCCAGGAUUUUUUCAAGUAUGCCAUUCGAAACCUUCAUUAUUCUGGUGUGGACUCCUUAGAAGUAAACAUCACUUGGACAAAGCUGAUGGAUUUGCUUCCAGGUGCACACUUUGAAACUAGCAUGACAGGCCAAAGCUAUAGCACUUACAAUGCUGUUCAUGUUGUGGCUCGUGUUUUAGACGCAAUGUACUCCCCAAGGCCUAAUAAGAGAAAGUUGGGGAAAAGAGACCAAUGGAAGUUGUGGAAUAUGCCACAAUGGCAGCUUCACCAUCUUCUGAGAACCAUCAGGUUUAACAACAGUGCAGGGGAUGAAGUCUCCUUCAAUGAAAACCAAGACUGGACAGCAGGCUAUGACAUUGUGAAUUGCAUCGUAUUCCCCAAUGAGUCCUUUACUCGAGUAAAAGUGGGAAGGAUGGAUCCCGAGGCUCGGAAGGGGCAGGCAUUCUCAAUUAAAGAUGACAUAAUCACAUGGAAUGACUGGUUCAAUCAGACUCAGCCUUAUUCAGUCUGCUCUGAGAGUUGCCAUUUUGGAUAUAGGAAAAGAGAGCAGGAAGGGAAGCCAGUCUGCUGCUAUCAGUGCACCCAGUGCCCAGAAAGGAUGAUAUCAAACCAGACAGAUGCAAGUCACUGUGAAAACUGCCCACAUAUGAAGCAUUCCAACCACAAACAGGAUCAUUGCAUUCCCAAAAUCAUUCAGUUCCUUUCCUUUGGGGAGUCUUUGGGAAUUGUUUCAGUUUUUUCCUCCCUUUGCUUGUCUUUAAUCACAGGUCUCAUAUUGGUAACAGUUGUUAAAUACCGAAACACUCCAGUUGUCAAAGCCAACAACCGAGAUAUCACCUACAUUCUCCUUCUCUCCCUUCUGCUCUCUUUCCUCUGCUCCUUGCUCUUUAUGGGACAGCCCAACAAAGUCACCUGUCUUCUCCGACAAACAACAUUUCUUCUUGUCUUCUCUGUCUCAGUUUCUUCUGUGUUGGCUAAAACCAUCACUGUUAUUAUGGCUUUCGAGGCCACAAAACCAGGAAGCCAGAUAAGGAAAUGGCUGAGGAAGAGAGUCACAAACUCCAUUGUGCUCUUCUGUUCCCUUGGUCAACUUGCAAUCUGUGCUGUCUGGCUAGCAACAAAGCCUCCCUUCCCUGAGUUAGACAUGCACUCCCAAAGCAGAGAGAUCAUAGUCCAGUGUCAUGAGGGCUCUGUCACCAUGUUUUAUUGUGCCCUCAGCUACAUGGGCUUCUUGGCCAUGGUUAGUUUUCUUGUAGCUUUCUUGUCAAGGAAUUUGCCAGAUAGCUUUAAUGAAGCCAAGUUCAUUUCCUUCAGCAUGUUGGUGUUUUGCAGUGUUUGGGUAUGUUUUGUUCCCACGUACUUGAGCACCAAAGGGAAAUAUAUGGUAGCUGUGGAGAUCUUCUCCAUCUUGGCCUCUGGAGCAGGAUUGCUCUGUUGUAUCUUUUUCCCGAAAUGUUAUAUUAUAAUCCUAAAGCCCACUCUUAACUCUAGGAGACAUGUUAUGUCUAAAUGGAGUUAA